UGCACGCGGCACCGCGCUCCUGCAAGCUCCCGGCCGGCACGGCAUGGGCGCUGGAGCCCAACAGACCUGGUCCUGCCUCUGACUGCACCUCAGUAGCUGUCUGACCUGGGCAGGAGAGCUGGCCCUUCUGAGCCUCAGUUUCCCCAUCUGUAAGGUGACGCGGUCGCCCCUGCCUUGGUGGUUGGUGGUAAUGGAUGCACCGCACCUGCCCAGCACCUGGCACCCAGCAGCCCCUGCAGGUGCCAUGACUCAGCAACCGCAGGAGGGCUUCGCCAGGAGCAUGGGGGAUGCCCAGGAGUGGAUGAAGGCUGUGCAGGAGCGGCUGCAGAUCAAUGACAACACCCAGGGGCCCCGCGCAGCCCUGGAGGCCAGGCUGCGGGAGACCGAGAAAAUAUGCCAGCUAGAGCCAGAGGGCCGCGUGAAGGUGGACAUGGUGCUGCGGGCGGCCGAAGCCCUCCUGGCAUGCUGCCAUGAGGACCAGAAGCCCGAGAUCCUGGCCCGGCUGAGGGACGUCAAAGCGCAGUGGGAGGAGACGGUCACCUACAUGACCCACUGUCACAGCCGUAUUGAGUGGGUGUGGCUGCACUGGAGCGAGUACCUGCUGGCCCGGGAUGAGUUCUACCGCUGGUUCCAGAAGAUGACGGUGGUGCUCGAGCCCCCUGUGGAGCUGCAGCUGGGCCUGAAGGAGAAGCGCUGGCAGCUGAGCCACGCCCAGGUGCUGCUUCAGAACGUGGACAAUCAGGCCACGCUCCUGGACCGGCUGCUGGAGGAGGCGGCCUCCCUGUUCAACAGGAUCGGGGACCCCAGCGUGGACGAAGCCGCGCAGAAGAAGCUGAAAGCCGAGUACGACGCGGUGAAGACCAAAGCCCAGAACAGAGUGGACCUGCUGGAGCAGGUGACCCAGGAGCAUGAACAUUUCCAGCUGAGCGUGGACGAGUUCCAGCUGUGGCUGAAGGCGGUGGUGGAGCGGGUGCACGGCUGCAUGGGGCGCAAGUGCCGGCUGAGCACCAAGGACCGUCUCUCGGCGCUGCAGGACAUCGCCAGCGACUUUCCCAGGGGCGAGGAGUCUUUGCGGAGGCUGGAGGAGCAGGCCGGGGGCGUCAUCCAGAGCAGCUCCCCUCUGGGUGCAGAGAAGAUCACCAGAGAACUGGAGGAGAUGCGGAAUGUUCUGGAGAAGCUGCGUGCACUCUGGGAGGGGGAGGAGGGGCGGCUGCGGGGCCUGCUCUGGUCCAGGGAAGCCUACGAGCAGCAGAGGAGGCAGCUGGAGGCCGAGCUGGCAGAGUUCAGGAAGGGCCUUCAGAGGCUGGCGGAGGAGGACCUGGAACCCGCGGCCAAAGCAGGGACCCAGGACGAGCUGGUGGCCCGCUGGAGACUCUACUCGGCCACGCGGGCGGCGCUGGCCGCGGAGGAGCCUCGGGUGGACCGUCUGCAGGCCCGGCUGAAGGAGCUCAUCGUGUUCCCCGAGGACCCGCAGCCCCUCGCGGGCAGCGUGGUCUCUGCCAUCCAGGAGCACCAGAGCAUGAAAGCCAAGAGCAGCAGGCUACGUAAUGCCGCGGGCGUGGACCUGUGGCGGCAUUUCCAGCGGCCCCUGCAGGAGCUGCAGCUGUGGAGGGCUCUGGCCCAGAGGAUCGUGGACAUCACCGCCAGCCUGCCGGACCCGCCCUCCAUCCACACCUUCCUGCCGCAGAUUGAGGCGGCCCUGGCGGAAAGCUCCCGCCUGAAGGAGGAGCUGACGAUGCUGCAGCUGAAGAAAGACCUGCUGGGCGGCAUCUUUGGCCAGGAGAGAGCCACGGCCCUGCUGGAGCAGGUGGCAACUUCCGUGAGGGACAGAGACUUACUGCACAACCGGCUUCUGCAGAGAAAGAGCAAACUGCAGAGCUCACUCGCUCAACACAAAGAUUUCGGAGAUGCUUUUGAUCCCCUGCAGAGAAGGCUCUCAGACCUCCAAAUCAGGGUCCGUGCUGAGAAUGGGCUUCAGCGGGACCUUCCUGGGAAACAGGCCCAGCUUUCGAGGUUGCAGGGGCUACAGGAGGAGGGGCUGGACCUGGGGGUGCAGAUGGAGGCCAUGAGGCCUCUCGUCCAGGGGAACUCCCACCACCAGCACAGAAUGGACCAGCUCUCCUCUGACCACCAGACCCUGCACAGGUCUCUGGAGGACCUUGUGGACACGUGCCGGCAGAGCGUGCGGGAACAUUGCACCUUCAGCCACGAGGUUUUGGAGCUGCGACAGUGGAUCUCCAUGCUCACGCAGAAGCUGGAGGCCCACCGCGUGGACACGGGCCCAUGGGAUGCCCAGUCCCGAGAGGUCGAUGUCGAGAAGCUGCUGGACGAAUUCCCCGCGAAGGAGGCCCAGCUGCCCCUGAUUGAAGCACGCGGCCGGCUGGUGAUGGAGAAGUCUUCUCCGGAGGGGGCUGCUGUGGUCCAGAAGGAGCUUCAGGAGUUGGUGGAGUCUUGGGGGGCCCUGAGGCUGCUGAGGGGAAGCCUGCUGAGCCUCAUCAGAAACCGGCAGCUGCAGAGGAUGGAAGUGGAUUCGGGGAAGAAACUGAUUUUCACCAACAACAUCCCAAAGACUGGGUUUCUCAUCACCCCCAUGGAUCUUAUUUUCCGACACCACCGUCAGACAAAUGUGCUUCAGGAGGAGAAAGACAGCUUUGAAGAUUUCUCCCAGCUCCUGAGGAGCUUUGAGCACUGGUUGCAGGUGGAUAAUUCCAAGUUGGUUAGAAUCAUCGCCAUGAGAACUGCCACCGCCAAGGACCUGAGGACCAGAGAAACAAAACUGCAGGAGCUGGAGGCUCGGGUACCAGAAGGUCAGCAUCUCUUUGAAAACCUCCUUCGUCUCAGGCCAGCGAGGGGGUCCUCAGAUAAGCUGGAGGAUCUGCGCUACCGGUGGAUGCUCUACAAGUCCAAACUAAAGGACUCCGGCCACCUGCGUACGCAGAAUUCUCCAGGGGAGCCGACUGGAUUCCAAAAGACCCAGCAGUGGCGAGGGCUCGGCUCCCUCUGCCGGAAGGUGUGCUGCGUGGCGCUCCCCCUGCAGCUGCUGCUGCUGCUCUUCCUGCUGCUGCUCUUCCUGCUUCCCGUCAGGGAGGCGGACCGCAGCUGCACGCUGGCCAACAACUUUGCCCGCUCCUUCACGCUCACGCUCCGCUACGACGGCCCCCCGCCCACCUAGCCCCCUGGCGGCGCUCCGGGGACUUUCUUCUCCAAACUUCCAUGUGCCCCAGCCUCCUCCAGAAGAUGCUGGGGAAACUGGAAACAGGGGCAGGCCAGAGCCUGCCGGGCUGCAUCCAUGUAAAUACUGUAUUGAUGUUCCCAGAGCAAAAGUACUUUUUAUACAGUGUUGUCUUCGUCUAUUUAUACUAAACAUGUUCCGUGUGGGACUAGGGAAUAAUGCAUAGCAUUUUUAUAUGCUCUCUAUGUAAAUGCUCAGUAUGUAUGAUUUCAUAUAUGACCUCUAUUUGUCUUUGGGAAAAUUCCCAGCAGUGUUUUUGUCCAGUGGGAUCUUGUGGCAUUUUGGCCUUGGUCUGCAGUCAGCCCUGGAGAGCAGGAACAAUAACAGGUCGCUUUUAUGACCACCUCCCAUCCAGAAGCCAAGCCCUACCCCCAGAUGUUCAUGAAGAGGACUCUGAGCUGUCAGCAUAGAAGAACAACCCUGGCCCUCAUUCAGAGCCCAGUGACUCUUAACUCUAGGUACAGUGAGAACAACCAUGCUUGUCUAUUUUUUAGAAUGACAGCAGAUUAGAUGCUGUGGAUUAGAAGCAGAAAGGGUGCCGAUCCCAGGCAGGCUCAAUGGCAGCAAUGAAAAGUGACAAGUGAUAGAGUGAAAUUAAGGGAGGAAAAGAAGAACUCCGAAGAGCAGACCCAGAACUAAGAAAGCACAGCAGAGGGCUUCCCUGGUGGCGCGGUGGUUGGGAGUCCGCCUGCCGAUGCAGGGGACGCGGGUUCGUGCCCCGGUCCGGGAAGAUCCCACAUGCCGCGGAGCGGCUGGGCCCGUGAGCCAUGGCCGCUGAGCCUGCGCGUCCGGAGCCUGUGCUCUGCAACGGGAGAGGCCACAGCAGUGAGAGGCCCGCGUACCGCAAAAAAAAAAAAAAAAAAAAAGAAAGAAAAAGAAAGCACAGCAGAAUGGGGACCUCAAGGAGCCUGAACAGCCCAGACCAGUGAUGAAGGUUCAUGGUCAGGACAGUGCGUCUUCAGGGAAUGGUUAGAUCAUGCCCCGUGUUCUCUGCUCUGUUCAGGGAGAAAAUGAAGGAGAGGAAGCUUAUUGUUAAGCUUUCCACGCAGAAUGAUGAGCACACUCUGUGUGUAGCACCCACCUGACAGUGCCAGGGAAGAUGUGUUACCUCCGUUGCUCUUAAGCUGGGUUUUUCAUCAUCUAUGACUCAGGCUGAAGGGACAGAGGGGAGCAUCUGCCACGCCAGGGUCCAGAGAUCAAGGGUCUAAGGUAGACAGUGGAGGUCCGCCGUGGAGCUCAGCCUGUCUGAAGGGCUCUCCCUCCUCCUCCCAGAAGGGACUUUGGAGAGAGGUGGGUCCUGUGUCCCACACAUGUGCCCACAAGGGACCCAGGGGCCAGGCGCCCCACCAGGCCCCCUCUGCAGGGGCUUGGCAGUCGGGCCCAUGAACCACCUGGGGCCUGAGGCUGGAAAUACAUCCCUUCCUCCCCGAGGAAUUCUGGAAUGGUUCCUAAGCGCUUCAUAACUGGAUCAUAUUUUCCCUAAAUCAACACAAAAUUUUCCUUUUUAAAAAAUGCUUAGUUCCCACUCUUUACAAAUUGAUUUUGUCUGUUCAGCUAUGCAUAGGAGACCAAGAAGGGAUUCCUCAGGCCUUUGAAAUCACAGUGUUAUAGACCAAGAAAGACCUUUAAACAGAGGGGAAACCGAAGACCCAAGAGGGUCCAGACCCCCAGCACGUGCCGCUGCCCCCUGCUCUCUGGAGCACACGGACCCGUCCUUUCCAGCGCAAGUCCAGCCUCAGCACAGCUCUCAGCGCAGGGACCCCGGCGUCCCUGUAACUAGAAAGAGCUGGACAUCCACAGGGCAGGAAAACAGCGUCACCGAGAAGGGCUCUCAGCACUGACUCAGAAAGCACACUUUUCUCCAGAUAUUUAGAAACCAAGCCACAAAGCCGUUCUCCACAGGCGAUCGCUUUACUGGAAAAUCAGGGGCUGUGUGAACCAAGACCUCAGGCCCAGGCAGCUGAGCCCAGAUGCCCACUGGGUUGCAUUGGUCCAGCCCAAGAAGGUCAGCGCUGUGGCCAGGGCCUUUGAACAUCUCCUCUCCCACUCUCCCACUUCACAGCGAGCAGGCAGCGGCCCAGAGAGGGGAAGCAACUUACCCACAGCCACACAGCAAGAGAUGGCCAAGGCCAGAGCUGAGCCUGGUCACCGCUACCCCCAGGCGGCUCCCUGCUCGCGGUCGCCCCAUCCCCCCACCCCCAUCCGUAACUUCAGAAAGAAAAAGCUCGAAGGAUGUGAACACCGUUGUGUCCUGCGUGUGGGCUCGGGGGAGAAGUGUAAUGUGUGGGCUGCUGGGUGGGAGUGUCUGCAUAUAUUUUUUAAACUUUGACAGUGAUGCCAUAGAGCUUGUUUGCAUAACUUUUUUAAAAAAGAGAAUUGAUAUUUUCAUUACUUUCAUAUAAAUGCGGGGCCGAUAUGAUAUAACCAUCAUUUACUGGUGCUUUUCAAGUGUUCAUCUCUUGCUUAAAGUGGGUGCAGACAACUGAUUUCUAUGACUUUCUAGCUU